AUGUGGGCGCCGGACCAACGCUUCUCUGGGCAGCAAUUAAACUUAUACAGCAGUAAGCCAAAGAAGCCGAAGAAGCCUAAAACUGAAACAAAGGAGAACAAGAAGUCGGUCGAUAAGUCGAAUUCCUCAACACGAAGUGCCUCGACAACUUCAAGUUCGAAAAGUCGCUUCUUAUCAAAAUCCUCACCACGUCCAUCAUCAUCACUUUACCAGACAUCACUUUUAUCCGUAUCCACAGAAACCAUCACAAAACAUGAUAAGCCACCAGCACCAAAAUGUAAAGGAUGUAGUGAGCCUUCUCAAUCUGUGUGUAAAGGAUGCACUAGCGAUUUGUAUUGCUCAACGACAUGUCAGAAGAGGUGUGAGCCUAUGCAUGACAUAGUCUGCGCGCAGAUUAACAAAUUUUGUACCGCGAAUCCUUCACCAGCUGGGUCUCGCAGUAAAAGUUACAGUCUCGCAGCGAUAUUCAACGGUACCGCUCCGAAUCUGAAGUUCGUCUGGCUAGAAUCAGCACAUGCUGGCCACCUAGGAGGUGAAGCCGUCCUCCAACUACACGACCAUCUAGACACAUCCUCUCCCCACCUCGAACUCGACAUACCCAUCCAAACCCCCUCUUCCCCAAACCAACACCUCAAACUCUGGCGCUCCUCCGACCCUACCAAAGAUAAAAAACAACCCAAACCCGAAUUCGAAGAGCUCUUCCAAGGAAAGCGUCUCCGACGCUGGAGAAGUCCAUUGUUAAUCACCAAAUGCACAGUAACCGCCAACCUAACAUCCAGCUUCCACGAUUUCACGCCCUCCGACAUACAACACAUAUCAACACACUACCUAACCCACGGCGGCCACAUCGAAACACCGAUCCUCGACCCCACAAACCGCAUCGGGUCCUCCACCUGCGACCCAAACGUAAUCCACAGCGUGCGCCUAAGUUGUUUCGGGGACGAAGCAUUCCUGAGAAAAGCGCAUCUAAACGCCCUCAACAUCUCUCACCACGAUCCCAGUCUACGGGAAAGUGCGAUCUCGGAAAUAAGCGCGCAUCUAGGCUUCCCUUUACGUCUGACGAAAUUAGAGGCGGAGAAAAACUGGUAUACCAAAGGUUUCGUGAUACACGGACGCAGUCCGCUGUACAAUCUGAUGGCUGAGAAACUAAUGACAUGCACGAACCCGAAAGACGGCGUCCACUGGGGCUUCACGUCGUCCUCGUCAUGGAUCGCGCCUGGUCCUGUAGUGGUUAGUCGGGAAGAUGGAAAACCGUUGUAUACGUAUCAGAUCGCGGUGCUGUUGCAUUUUAUCGAGGAGGUGUUGACGCCUGCGAUGAUGAUUUUUGCGGAGUGCGAUGAGGUGGUGGAACGGCUGGGUCUAGAGGAGGUGUUUGAGGAGAGGGGAUUGAGACAUGGGUAUGAUGGGGAUGUGGUGGCGAAGAGGGCGUAUGUUGUUAGGUAUAUUGUGGAGAGGGAGGGGUUUGAGAGGUAUUUUGAGGAUUAUAAAAGGGAGAAGGUGGGGAAGGGGGAGGUGUUGUGGGGGAAUGCUAGGAGUCCUUAUGAGGUGUAG